GAUUAUUUUCACUUGUCCGUGUCUUAAUUAAUUUCACUCAAGUCCAUGACAGGAGAGCUCGAUCAGGACCGAAAAGAUGGCAAAGGGUGGAGAAGUCUGGAGACCUGCAUGGCAGCACCUGCCCGAUGUCACCUGAGGAACUGGAAGGUGAUGCUGCUUGUGUUUGUAUGUCUUCUGGGUCUCGUUGAUGGGCAUUUCCUUCAGGAGGAGAAAGAAGAAUCCCGUCCUAGCAAGCUGAGAGCCUCUUCAACCUCUGCAGAACAUCCAGGACUGCAGAAAGAUCUAGAUGAGUGGCAGAGCAGAGCACCAUGGGCACGACUGCAUGAUUCGUCCCUGGCCGAGGAAGGCGAGGGUCAUCGGCUCCGGUGGCAGCGUUCCUCUACAAACAGCUCCAGUUCACGGAAGUCCACUAGGAACCGUAAGGAGCGGCGCAACCGUAAGCGAGGCCGGAGCAGCCAGGACUGCCGUUUGGAGAGGAAAGAGAUGAAGGUGCGGGAUCUGGGCCUCGGCUACAACUCGGACGAGAUCGUGGUGUUUAAGUACUGCGUGGGGACGUGCAUGAGCGCCCGUAAGAACUACGACCUGGCCUUGAAGGUGCUGACGGAUAACGGCAGCGUUUCUGGCCGCAAGGUGAGCACUCACCCCUGCUGCAGACCCACGCGCUUCGAGACCGUCUCCUUCAUGGACGCCCAGACGAGCUGGCAGACCAUUAAAUGGCUUUCAGCGGCCAACUGCAGCUGUGUGGGAUGAGAGAAGCCGAGGAGACGCAGCCGCUAAAAUCAACCCAAAGCUCCGGUGUAGAAAGCGAGGGAAUUCCAGUGCAAGGAACGGGAUGCAGCGCUCCUGAUGAUGCACUGCAAACGCAGCGGAUCUGCUAGCGUCAGCACAGGAACCACAGGAAUACGGGACGUCCUGCAGGGAGACGGUCGGAAACCGUAGGGAUUUGCAUCAUGUGACCUUGGAGAGCUGUGAAGCGAGUCGUCACAUUCCUGCUCCAGACUGCAGUUCUGCAUGGAAAGUUUGUGAAAAGUAGCUUGAAGGCCUACAUUUCACAUGAUCUGAAAUUGGAGGUGUUUUAAGAACGUGGAUAUCAUGAAGGUUCAUUAUAACAGAACAGAAGGUGCUUUUAAUUCACUUAUCAGCUCAGCAUGUGUGUUUAAUAUACACACACUUUCCUUAAGCCAUGUGCACACUACAAGACUAAAGUGUGUCACUUUUUUAUGUUUGUGAGUAGUCUACAACAAAAAUUUCCAGGUUUUUUAUAUUUUUUUCAGAUAUGCAUGUUGCAUGCAGCAUUUUACCAGUUUGCAGGCCGGUUCUGAAUGCGAAGUGGUGGAGUCCUGCAUCGGCUCUUUAUAAUGAUGAAAUCAUGCUCGAUUACACUGCAUGUCUGGACGUAUGCCUAGUUAUAACACUCUCUUCCAUCAUCUGAUCAUCAUUAGAUGAAUUACUGCUGCCAUGAUCGCUAGAAAACGUACACAAACUAUUUUUAACUAUUUUCAACUCUUUUCUCUUUUAAACAAAUUCCGCCUGCUUUCCAUAAGCAGUACAAGCUCUGAAUUUUUGGAAUAAUGUUGUAUUCAAUA